AGACAAGCUGCCUCGCAAGAAUUUCGUGGACAAAUUCCUAUUUUCACAUUUUUAGGAAACUUUACUUUGCAUAUUUGAAAUUUUUUGUAUGGACGAUGAAUGAAAAUGUUAGAUGGGUGGGUGGAGAGGACAAGAGGGAAGGAGACAGAACAGGGUACAAUUGGCGUGGGUGUGGUUUUAUGGGAAAUUGAGACAAUUGACUAUUUAUUGAGAGGCAUUAGGAGAAUUUAUUAGUUAGUUUCUCCAUAAUUUGUAAAUAGUCGAACAAAAACAUUUAUUAGUAAAACAAAAUUUAUAUUUAGUUAGUGUGGUCGAUAUACGAUAUGCAUACAUUUUUAAAAAUCUCACUUCACUAUGCUCAAUUUGGUUUUCACUAAUCCUUUUGUCCUAAGUUUUCGGUUGGUGAGAAACUUGUGCUGCGGGAGUUGCUGCGGUUUGUUCGAUCAUCCACUCCAAACUAUUCAGAGAGAAAGCAAAAUUGACCAUAAAAAUCAUUUACAGAAAUUUUAUCUAGUUUGCAUUUCCUUCAUAUUUUGAAAACUACUGGAAAUAUUUCCUUUGUUUGUGGCGUUCUUAUCGGCUGCAUAUUCAAGAAGGGGAUCGGGUCGGACGUUUUAUGCAAAUUUUAAAAAGGAUGGGACUCAUUAGCCAUUUCAUGUAAUAAUAAAGUGCAUAUGUUGAAGAACUGACGAGAACAAAGAAAUAUUCAAUCUUGAUAAAAAUACCUACUUUUCAACGAAACGUCAACACCCACAUCUCGACCAAAAUCUGCAAUGCCAGGUCCUGACUUUAUCGACAUGGAGAAAGUCAGCAAAUAUGAAAACUUCUUAAACGAGGUGCUACGAGUUGAUUUGAAAACAACGCUUGACCGUCGCGACGAGCUUUACAAUGAAAUUGCCCAGUACAUUGAACUCCAAACAAUUAUGGGAAAGCUUUCUGCAGCCACUGGAGGAGGGGAGGAUGAUGGUGAUAUAGGAUUAGGAACAAAAUUGAAAACUAGGGUGGACAUUGGGUCAAAUUUUUAUGUCCAGGCAGAAAUUCCUAGCACCAAGACAUUCACAGUUGACAUCGGAUGUGGCAUUUGGCUGCAAAUGACUGGAAAAGAUGCACUGAAAUUUUGUGACAAAAAGUUGUUCUUUCUAAAUGCCCGUGCCGACGAACUGACUCAGAAGGAACUCAGCAUUAAGGCCCAAAUCAAAAUGGUGUUGGAAGGAUUGAGAGAAAUUCAAAAAAUUGUGACUAAAGAACCGACACCAAGAAAUGAGUUGUAAAUUAAGAAACCAAUUAGCUAGUUAAGUUGCGUACAUGUUAACUUAAAAUAAAUAGAUUUGUUCAAUCCAUAACU